AUGUCGCCGGAUUUCUUGAAAGAACUAUCCGAAUAUCUCUACGGACUAAUCAUUGGCAAGUACGAAGUCCGACAGCAACAGCAUAAUCAAGGAAAUAGCCCAUCGAACAACGAAGUAGUGCUCGACUACGAGGAUGAGACGAGAGCCAUAGAUGCCCGUAUUGGCGAUCUAAAUCUGUUGACAGCCAACGAGUCACCGCAGGCAGCACAACGUGAACAACAAACACCCUUUUCACGGACACUUCCUAAGAUUGCCCAACAAAGACCGGUGUCAGUGAGCCAUCCGAGAACACGAAUACUUUUCAUGGCUCAGCCAGUACCUACUCAAUCAGAAGCAGUGCAGAUACCAGCAAAGGAGACUGUCACAGACUGCAGAAGGGACGCGGACGUUUCCGCCGAUAAAUUCUGGGGCUGCGUUCUCGUCAUUUCCAAGCCAUUGGGUUAUGCGACCAAGGCCGGAACAGGCUACGCAGCUUGUGGUACAGAGAAGAACAACAUGGACGCCGCUCGGAGCGCACACACCUCUCUUUACGGCCACGACUACAUCACCGAAUGCCUCGAUGGUGCCGCACAACGAAAUGCCUGCAUUACUCAGCGCCACUACAACCAGCCGAAGACGAAGUGUUCGGCGAGGGAUCAGUCGGCGGAGAUCGAGCCUAAUGCGAAGAACUUACCCAAAAACUCGAGGCGAAAAUAG